CGCUGUCUCCCACUCUCUUCGCUCAAAAGUGGAGUUUACUAGCAGUGUGACGUACGCUUCCCCCUCCCGCACCGAGCAUCGGCAUCGGCAGGAGCAUUCAUUUCAGGCAAGCAGACAAUCACCGCGACAGACGACGAGCAGCAGCACACCCAUAUACCAGAAGCGGCCGUCGAAGCCAAGGCGCACACAGGACGCCACCAAGAAGUCGGAGCCACCUUCCAAUCGACCGAGCCCCCCUCCCUCCGGCCUCUGAAUCGGGCCCGCCGAUCUCUCGAGCUCCCCUGCCGCCCCUUCCCGCGGCGGCGCGCAAUGGGGGCCGCCGCCGAGGACGCCGUCAGGCAGCUCGGCAUCCUCAUGGAUCAAGUGGACGCGCCGCUGAGGAUGACGUUCCAGAAUGUGCACCAAGGCCACCCUAGAGAAACAAUGUUGCGCUUUCUCAAGGCUAGAGAAUGGAACGUUUCCAAGGCUCAUAAAAUGCUUGUAGAUUCUUUGAAUUGGAGGAUUGAAAACGAAAUUGAUAGUGUAUUGGAGAGACCUAUACUCCCAGUAGAUUUAUACAGAUCAAUACGUGAUUCACAACUUGUUGGACUCUCAGGAUACACCAAGGAGGGUCUUCCAGUUUUUGGCAUUGGUGUUGGUCAGAGCACAUAUGACAAAGCUUCGGUGCACUACUAUGUGCAAUCUCAUAUUCAGAUUAACGAAUACCGUGAUCGCAUAAUUUUGCCCAUGUUGACGGAAAGAUUUGGACGCCCUAUCACCACUUGUGUAAAAGUUCUCGACAUGACUGGUUUAAAGUUGUCAGCACUGAGCCAAAUGAAGAUGCUGAGUUCAAUAUCAACUGUUGAUGAUCUGAAUUACCCUGAGAAGUCAGAGACAUAUUACAUAGUUAAUGUUCCAUAUAUAUUCUCUGCAUGCUGGAAGGUUGUGAAGCCCCUAUUGCAGGAGAGGACAAAAAAGAAGGUUAAAGUUUUGAGUGGUUGUGGGAGAGAUGAACUUCUAAAGAUUAUGGACUACUCAGCUCUCCCCCAUUUCUGCCGACGAGAGGGAUCAGGCUCAUCCAAGCAUUCAUCUUCCAACGUCGACGACUGCUUCUCCCCUGACCAUCCUUUCCACAAAGAGCUCUACGAGCUCACCAACCAACAGUCAUCACACAGGGAGCUCCUCAAGAUGGGAUCGUUGCAUGUGAGCAUCCCGGAGCCUGACCCGGACGACGCGAAGAUCGUCGAGGUCAUCCAGGCCGAGUUCCACAAGAUGGGGGAGCAGAACGGGUCGACCAACAUCCAGGCCGAGUUCCACAAGAUUGGUGAGCAGAACGGGUCGACCAACGGCCACAAUAAGGUUUGACGCUGCGCCGACACCGAAGAAAGACGGUGGCCAUCUGCAUGCGGAGCACCUUCCUUAACCAAUGGGGGCAGCGACCUCCGAUGAAACCGACAAUUUUACCUGUCCAUGUUGGUUUGAAUUGGAUCCCCACCCCCGAUCACCCAGGGGGAAUAUAGCAGCAAAGGGCCUCGGCAUCUCCUCCGAGUGAUGAUGCGUAGGGGUCGGUGGUAGCUGGAAAAGAUGAACCGGACAGUGUAUAUCCGUUAGCGUAGAACCUGCAUAUGUUGAACUGGUACUAUAACAAGAUCCAUGAAUGCUGGAUGUUUAUUAUGACAACUUGUAAGGUUCAGUGUUAAAAAAAAAGUUGCAAGGUUCAGCACA